GCGUCACGCCACUUCCGGCAGGAAUGAUCGCUCGAUGGGGUACUUCCGGUGGAAGUGCUUCCUGGUAGGGCAGAUCAGGGAGGAAACGCUUCCGGUGGCGCGUAGUUCGGUCCCGAGAUGGAGCCGGAUGUGGAGUCGCUGCCCCGCGGAGGCUUCCAUUGCCGCCUCUGUCACGUGACUGCGGCCAACAAGCCCAGCCUACAAGAUCAUCUGCAGGGAAAGAAGCACCAGCGGCUGGAGAGCUUACGUGCCAAACGUCAAGACCAGGAGCUGCGCAGUGUCUUUGUCAGUGGCUUCCACAAGGGUACAUCAGCCCCUGAGCUGAGUGAGUACUUCCAGGCCUUUGGGGGCGUGGCCAGUGUGGUGAUGGAUAAAGGCAAGGGGGUCUAUGCUAUAGUGGAGCUGCAGGACCAGGAGGUGAUGGAGAAGGUGCUGGCCCAGCCGGAGCAUUGUCUGGGGGGGCAGCGGCUGCGGGUGAAGCCCCGGAAGAAGAAGGAAUUCAAGUACAUGCCUCCCAAGAAGCAGGGAUCCACACAUCAUGUACAACUGAGUCCUGAAAAGCUGGUCCAGGCACUGUGCCAGGCUGAUGAUGUGGAUGCCCAGAUGUCACAGCUGGUGCAGCUGUUUGAGCUCUCCGAGAGCGAGAGGCGGCUGCGACACCUACUGGUCACCCUCUUCCAGGAGGUUUUCUCAGAGUUCUUCCCUGAGUGCGCCAUCCUCCCCUUUGGCUCAUCGGUGAAUGGAUUUGACAUCCAUGGCUGCGACCUGGAUUUGUUCCUGGACCUGGAGAAAACAAAAACCUUCCAGGCAAAUGCAAAGGAACCCCAGGGGGCACAGGCCAAGGAAGGGGCAGGGCCAGACUCUGACUCAGAGGACUCCAUCCUGAGUGACAUUGAUCUGACAACAGCGACGGUGCCCGAGGUGCUGGAGCUGGUGGCAGCUGUGCUACGGAAGUGCGUACCGGGUGUGCACAGUGUCCAGGUGGUGCACAGUGCCCGCCGCCCUGUUGUCAAGUUCUGCCACAAGGACUCGGGGCUGCUGGGAGACAUCUCCAUCAACAACAGACUGGCUCUCUGCAAUACGCGCUUCCUACAGCUCUGUACAGAGGCUGAUGAGCGGGUGCGGCCCCUGGUCUACACGCUGCGCUACUGGGCCAAGCAGCAGGCCCUGGCAGGAAACCGCUUUGGGGGCGGCCCCCUCCUCAACAACUAUGCACUGACCCUGCUGGUGCUGUUCUUCCUGCAGACGCGCAGCCCCCCGGCCUUGCCCACACUGGCCCAGCUCAGGGAGCUGACAGAGGAUAAGGAUCAGGCCAUUGUGGACGGCUGGGAUUGCAGCUUCCCCCAGGACAUGUUGCGGCUGGAGCCCAGCGCCAACACGGAGAGUCUGUGUUCCCUCCUGGCUGAAUUCUUCCGGGUCUUUGGGGACCAUGACUUUGCCGGCUGCGUGAUCUCGCUGCAGGAGGGUCGGGCGCUGCCCCUGCCCAGCUUCCUGCUCUCAGAGGUGGGUGCCAAAUUCAAGUUGGGUCCCUUCAACGUGCAGGACCCCUUCGAGCUGAGCCACAACGUGGCAGCCAACGUCAAUGAGAAGAUAGUGCAGCGGUUCCAGCACUGCUGCCGGGACGGGGCCAAGUACUGCCGCAGCCUGCAGUACCAGCGCAAAUCCAGCAAGGGCAAGGCCUGGGGGCUGGUGCGGCUCUUCCAGCCAGGAGUGCCGGAGGCUGAGGAGGUAGGCCCCGAUGGGCUCCUCAUCACCAUCCCCUUCAUGCUGAUGGCGCUCUCCCCUGGGAGCCGGCAGCAGCUGUGCCAGGCCAGGGACUUCCGGAGCUGCUGGUUUGACAAGGUGUGUGCCGCCAUCACCUUCGUGCUGAAGGAUGUGCUGAAGUGCAGCUGCAUGGGGCCUGCAGGGGAGCCCCUGGGUCAGGAGCCCACAGAGCAGAGUGGAGGAGAGCAGCCCCGGUCUGAUGAGAGAGGAAGCUUGGCUGUCUCCCCAGCCAAGAAGAGGCCUAGAGUAGAGGGCCCAGUGCCAGAGGAGGAGGAGAGUGUGAGCUGGAACUGUGCUGUGUGGCACCGUGUCUGGAUGGGCCGGCGCCGCGUCCGGCGCCAGCUCCGGCACCUGGGCAGCCCCCAGCCAGACACGGAGCAGGAGGCUGGCUCCCUGGAGGUGGAGGAGAAGGUGUCGGAAGCCAUAAUCCAGCAGGAGGGAGAGUCCCUGGGGGCAGAGCCGCUGCUGAGGUUCACAGCCUGUGCCCGGGUGGGCGGAGGCCAGGAGGACACACGGACCCUCCUGUAUUUCACCCCAGCCCCCCAGCAGGGCCCCUUGUUCCAGGACUUCUAUCACUUUCUGCAGGGCUUUCUGCCCAGGAUGGUGGAGCGGUAUGUGGGCAGAGCAGUUUGGGGCAGGCAGUGACCACUAGUGACAUCCAUGCCAGCACCCUGAGACAGAGGGAUGCUAUUUUAAAUGGACUUUGCCGUGUCUGCACCAUGCGACUGGGAAGGGAAUAAAGGGCCUAGCCAAGUGCCCCUCUGAGCUGUGCCUGUCCCGCUGCUUGGGGCGUGGGGGGAAGUGGCUGGGGGCCUCGCUCGGGUGGGGAGCGGGUCCCCAGCUGGAUGCAGGUCCGUCUCCUAUCUCCCUGCCCAGCCUCUUGCGAAUUUGCUGCUGUUCGUCCCCUCUGGUGCCCUGUAGCACUGGAAUUUGAAGGCCUGGCAGUAUUCUGCAUGCACGUUAUCAAGGGUGGGGCAGAUUCUUCAUUGGGGCGGGGGCAGACUAUCAGCAAUGGCCAAUGGGGCACGAGUGGUGAGUAUAAAUGCAAUUGAUGCCCCAGGAAAGGGGGGAGUGAGCAGUUGUGGAAGGAAGUGUAAGAGUCUUGGGGUGGACAGACCUUGACUCUGGCCAGUACAGCUCCGCUGUCCUCUCCAUGCAGCAACAGCAGCAUUAUGUGCUCCAUUGGGGGCUAUCGGGGAGGGAUCUAUGGGAAGGAGGUCCAAGGGGGCAGUAAGUGGGGUGGGGGGUGUACUGGGAAGGGAUGGGAGGGCCCCAGAAGAGGCAGCUCAGAUCAGGACCAGCCCCAGGCUGGGCCAUGGCCCCACCCAGAGCUUUAGGUACUGCCUUUCCCAGGUGGAAUAGGUCGGGGUGGGGAGUGGGAAGAAGAAAAGGUAUUUAGGGCCCUAGAGCCUGCAACACUCCCUCCCUCAGGGGCAGGCAGGUGAGGCAGCGUAGGUAGAAGGGGCCAGGCUAGGACUGGGGUUCUAGAGGCGAUAUAGCCCCUUUUCCCCAUAGUGCCUUACCUGUGGGCACCAGACCUGAGGGCAUUUCACAGAGAUGAACAGGUUAAGCCAGGGGUGGGGGUGCAGCAGCAGCGGGAUCUCUGGUACUUUCCAGUAGAGCCCUGCAGUGCAGUAUGCUACUAAACUCCCUUCACUGGACCUACUGCGUUCUGAGAGGCGGGUGGGUCCAAGACCCUUCCCCCAGCCUAAGGGGAGGGGCAAUAACCAAAUGAUACUGGGGGACAGCUAAUAA